AUGACGAGAAAAAAUCAACAACAAAUUAACAAUGAACAAAAAAGGGUCGAGUUAACGCGCGCGCGUGCAGCACGAGACGUCGCGUUACGGUCAAUUAAUAAAAUAUUGAGCAUUGCUAAUGAUGCCGUAAUUAAUUCCGAAAAUCGUCCUACGUUAGAAGCUCGAAUUAUGUCGUUAGAUCAACUUGUCAUUACUUUCAAUAAUGAACAAAAACAUAUUCUGUCAGUAUUUGCUGAGACCGACGAAGUAGACGAAUUUAUACGAGUAGAUGAGGAUGUCACCGAAACAAUGCAAUCAAUGUGUGAUCAAAUUAAUGUGAUAGUAGCAAAGUUAAAACCGAAUAAUUCGAUAGCCACGCUGCGCAAUAAUAAUAGGCAGACUUCUGUACAAUCACUUGUCUUACCGAGAAUAGAGAUUCCUAAAUUUGAUGGAAAUAUCAUUGAAUGGUGUUCCUUCCGUGAUAUGUUUACUUCUUUGGUGCACGUCAACGAACAUUACACGGACAUUGAGCGUUUCCAUUAUCUGUUGUGCUAUUUAUUAGGUCCAGCGUUAACAAUAGUAAAAGCAGUCCCACUUACAGCCGACAAUUAUUCUAUUGCUUGGAACGCACUCAAAGAUCGGUACGACAAUAAACGCUUAUUAGUUACUGCGCACAUUGAAAAAUUAUUUGCAUUUGCGCCGUUAACAAAGGAAUCUCCGGCUUCACUUUCAUUGUUCGUCAACACUUUUCGGGAAAAUGUAUCAGCUAUACAAGCUCUUGGAGUUAGUGACUUUGCUGGUUUUUUACUAUUCUACAUCGGUUCACGGGUUAUUGAUCCCAUGACACGACGAUUAUUCGAAGCUACUGUCGCUAAAAAUCAAAUACCUGACUUGAACUCAUUAUUAGAUUUCGUAUCACAACGAUGUAACGUUUUGGAAAACGUUGGCAGUAGUUCUGGCAUUAGUUAUGUAGAAAACAAUGAAAGGACCGUAGGGAAGACAACGACUAAGAAGAUCCAGGGCAAGAAGUCCGAGAAGACAUCGUUAGCCGCGGUCACCCCGGCCAAGACAAAAAAUUGUUUGUUUUGUGGACAUCCUCAUGCAAUUUACAAGUGUUUUGGAUUCCGAAAACAACCAGUUAGCAGUCGCCGUGAUUUUGUCAAUAAAAAUCAAUUAUGUUUUGUUUGUUUGAACAGUGGACACAUGAGCAAUGCGUGUCCUACGUCUUUUACGUGCCGUAUAUGUUCGAGUAAACAUAGUACAUUACUACACUUGACAGAUGAUAUUACAAAAUCGAAUACCGAUAAGACAAAUGACAACUCCGAACGAGCCACUACAAGUUGUAAUGCAACACAGUUUUCGGGAGUUACACAUACUGAAACCACUGUUUUGUUAGGAACUGUCGUAGUCAGGGUUCGUGACAAUACAGGAGUUUUACAAGCAGUCAGGGCAGUGUUAGACAGUGGAUCACAGGUGUCCGCAAUGACAGUGGAUUGUGUCAAUCGGUUAGGUUUGACUCGAAGGAAGUGUCCUGUUGAGGUCAUCGGACUUUCCCAACAACCGGUUACUACUGUCAAAGGCCAAACUAAUUUUAAUUUUGUUCCUGUACAAGCCGACGCUCCCGAAUUUAAGGGAACCAACGUCAUUGUCUUACCUCGAAUUAUGUCAACGAUGCCUAACAGGGUUUUGCCAGCUGAGGUACGAGAUCGUUAUCGUCAUCUUGUCUUUGCCGACCCUCAAUUUGAUCACCCUGCGCCAGUAGAUAUGUUGAUUGGAGGAGACUUAUAUCCGUCCGUCAUUCAAUCUAGAGCUGACGUUAUACACACCGAAGGCUUACCAUCAGCGAUGAAUACACAAUUAGGUUGGGUCAUAAUUGGUGCGUUACAGGAUAACACACAUACUCCGCUUACGUCUCUGUCAAUUAGUACAACCCCUCCGAUCGAAGAAUUGAUGCAGCGUUUUUGGACAGUAGAGGAACCCACAGAGUCAACAAUGCCAACUACACAAGACAAGCAAUGUGAAGACUGGUUUGUUAAAACCACGAAACGAGACGCCACCGGUCGAUUUUAUGUUGGUUUACCGUUUCGAACAAUAGUAUGUUUCCCGGAUACAGCUGACAUCGGAUGUCAAGAUGAGAAAUCGGUCGUUUUAGGGUCAUCCAGAACUUCUGCUCUGAACCGAUUGUAUAAUUUAGAACGUCGCCUUGAAAAGGAUCCGGAAUUAUAUACUGCCUACCGGGCCUUCAUGGAUGAUUACAGAUCGUUAGGACAUAUGAAGUUAGCGACCGAGCCAGGCAAAUAUUUUAUACCUCACCAUCCUGUAGUUAAACGGUGUAAUGAGGAACUGAAGAUUCGUGUGGUGUUUGAUGCCUCAGCUAAGUCUUCAUCCGGAGUCUCAUUAAAUGACUGCUUGGUGACUGGACCAAAGCUUCAGACAGAAAUCGGUGAUGUUUUGUUGCGCAGUCGACUACACAAAUUUGUCUUUACAGCCGACAUCACUAAAAUGUACCGUCAAAUAUGUCUACAUGAACCAGAUAGAGUUUAUCAACAUAUACUAUGGCGCAAUUCGCCUAGUGACGAGGUACAGGAGUAUGAGUUGUGUACGGUCACAUAUGGCGUAAGUUCGGCUCCGUUUUUAGCGAUUCGAUGCCUACAACAGCUCAAUAUGGAUGAUGGACCUGAAUUUCCACUCGUCCACGAUGUCCUGUUAACUGAUACAUACGUGGAUGAUAUUUUCGUUGGCGCUGACACUUUAGAGGACGUUUUAGCAGCAAAAAUCCAAAUCAUCGACUUGUUAAAUCGAGGUGGAUUUAGCCUGAAAAAAUGGGCUAGCAAUUGUCCCGAGAUUUUGAACACUAUCGACAUUGAAGACCGGGCUAUGACACCAUGGAUAGAGCCAACUAGGGAACAGGCCGUCAAAGUUUUAGGAGUACAUUGGGACCCUGUACUUGACACAUUCGGCUAUCAUUCGACGAUAAGUCAAGUUACUCCUACAAAACGGUCAGUAUUAUCAACUGUUGCUCGCUUUUAUGAUCCAAUCGGCGCGUUGGGUCCGAUGGUUUUCUGGGCCAAGUGUUUAAUGCAGAGGCUAUGGAUGGAAAAAUUAGAUUGGGAUGCACCACUUUCAUCAGCUUUGACAUCGUUGUGGCAAGGUUUCAUCGAUAAGCUGCCGGACUUAGCAUGCUUGUCGUUACCACGACAUAUUGCAGUAGUCAACAGUCAAGAUAUACAAUUACUAGGAUUCGCUGACGCGUCUCAGGUUGGAUAUGCAGCAACAGUGUAUUUGCGUGUGGUAGACCAGAGUGAUAAUGUCCGAUUGUAUUUCCUGGCAUGUAAAACAAAGGUUGCACCACUGAAGUCAUCAUCAAUGGAUAUGUCAUUAACCAUACCACGGCUAGAACUCUGUGCCGCACUCUUGUUGUCACGUCUCUUGUCUCUACGUUUGAAAGUUUUACAGGGCAGAAUCAAGAUCACACGUGUCCGGGCAUGGACAGAUUCAACUAUUGUUUUAUCGUGGCUCACAGCUGAACAAAGGCUAUUUAAAAUCUUUGUCACAAACCGAGUAUCGAAAAUACGCAAUCUCGUACCCCAGUGCGAAUGGGCUCACGUCGGUACUGCAGAUAAUCCAGCCGACCCUGCAUCGCGAGGACUGCUUCCAGAUGCCUUGGUAGCAUGUUCAUCAUUUCUACAUGGACCGGAAUUUCUCCAGUAUCCGGAAGAGCAAUGGCCGGUUGCCAUCACAUCGAUUGUAGAUCCUGCAGAGCUCCCUGAUUUUAAGCGCCCAUCGAAAAAUGUGCUGUUAGCUCAACAAGUUGAUGAUAGUUUGAUUCAGCGGUUUUCUGUGUUGCGCAAGAUGCAACGGGUGCUAGCAUAUUGUCUUCGAUUUGUCGACAAGGCUCGACAACGUCCAGUCGUGAGUGGACCAAUCAUUUGGAAGGAGUACGAAAAUGUUUUGACAAAGGUAGCGAGGUACACUCAAAGGUUAUAUUACGCAGAGUUGCACCACCAACUAGGAACUUCAAAUUCCGUCAUCACCCCGAGUUCCCUCGCUCAACUUGCACCUUUUGUCGAUGCUCACGGUGUGAUUAGAGUAGGCGGCCGUCUACAGCAUUCGGACUUUAACAUAGACGCCAAACACCCUAUCUUGUUACCAAAGUCGUCUCACCUUGCUUACAUUAUUAUUCAACACUACCAUCAGAACACUUUACAUGGUGGAUCGCGUCUAGUGGCCUCACUAAUUCAGCGACGUUUUUGGAUCGUUUCCAGUCGAGCUGCGAUACGGCAAGUUAUAUUUAAAUGUACAGUGUGUGUCAGAUACAAGGCUGCCGCUCCCCAACCAGUGAUGGCAGAUUUACCCUCAGCAAGAGUCCAACAAUGUCGACCAUUUACAAAUGUCGGGAUAGACUACGGAGGUCCAUUCACGGUUAAAGAAAGUCAACGCCGUAAUUCAAGGACUUAUAAGGCGUAUCUUGCGUUAUUUAUUUGUCUAUCCACCAAGGCUGUCCACCUGGAGGUGGUAACGGAUUUGUCAACGGAAGCCUUUAUGGCUGCGCUGGAUCGAUUUGUAGCCCGUAGAGGAAUUCCUGCACAGAUCCACUCGGAUUGUGGUACAAAUUACAUUGGAGCAGCAAGGCAGCUUAAGACAUUAUUUAAAGACGCAGCACUCCAAGAAGCUCUGCAUGCACGAGUUCCGUGUCAGUGGCGAUUUAACCCGCCUGCAGCUCCGCACUUUGGCGGUAUUUGGGAAGCUGCUAUCAAAAGUACAAAGUUACACCUAAAAAAGGUUGUAGGUAAUCAGGUGCAUACCUUAGAGGAAUUGACGACAUCGAUUACACGGAUCGAGGGUGUACUCAAUUCUCGACCCUUGGUUGUCAUGUCAAGCGAUCCGAACGAUUUGUCUGUGCUAACACCGGGACAUUUUUUGAUCGGACAACCGAUCUUGGCAAUUCCUGAACACGACAUCAGUGACAUUCCGCAGAAUCGUCUCAAACGCUGGCAGUUAAUUAAACAAGCCCUUCAAUCAUUUUGGAAACGGUGGAAUCGGGAGUAUUUGCACACGCUGCAGAGUAGACAGAAAUGGUUCCAUCAAAAUCCCAGUCUCGGUGUCGGAGAUAUCGUCGUCAUAAAUUCACCUUCUCGACCUCCUUUGAUGUGGCAAAUUGGUCGGGUCAUCGAGGUCCACCCUGGUGCUGACCAAGUGGUCCGUGUAGCCACUGUCAAGACAGCGGAAGGGAUACUGAAACGUCCAGUGGUAAAGUUGGUUAAACUACCCACCGACAACGCUUAA